AUGUGGCGAGGCCAUCUCGAAUCGUGUCUUCUUCAACCUGAUUUACCUGAAUGCAAUUGCUCAUUUUUCCGAAUCACUUAUCACUUCGAAAUAUCCAACUUCUGCUCUCAGGAUUUUGUCACAAUCGGAACAGACUGGUCGGCCACAAUGGAACAGUUUCGCGCAAUGCUUGCAGAGACCAGCAAUCUACCGGGAAGUCUACGUAACCAUGCUGAUCUCGGAUGGAUUGGACGAUUCCGCAGAUCAGUUUUUCCGAUCGAACAUCGUCGUUUGCAAGUGACAAAUUCCGGCUACAAUUCACCGGGAAAGAACGAAAUCAUGACAAAGGACAAGGCUCUGGGAUUAUGUUUUUACGACAAAGGUAUAUACAUAUCAAAUGAUUCGGACUUGACUUCUUAG